UCGUGACUUAUCUCUUUUUUCUAAAGAGAUGAAAUAAUAGAAGAAGGAGAAAGAGGACAUAAGAGGAGGCGAGGUUCUCCUGCUUGUGCGCGUGUCCUGUGUGGGUGCGAGGGAGAGAGCGGUUGUGAGUAGGAUUUUCUCAGGGGUUGGAGGUAGUAGUAGUGGUCGGAAAGAUGACGACUAGAUCGUCGGGAAGGCUGCCGACGUGGAAGGAGAGAGAGAACAACAAGAGGAGGGAAAGGAGGAGGAGAGCGAUCGCGGCUAAGAUAUAUUCCGGCCUGAGGGCCUAUGGGAAUUACAAGCUUCCCAAGCACUGCGAUAACAACGAAGUCCUAAAAGCUCUCUGCGCAGAAGCUGGUUGGAUCGUCGAAGAAGAUGGAACCACUUAUCGCAAGGGAUGCAAGCCUCCGCCGAGUGAUGCAGCUGCAGGCACUUCAACUAACAUCAGUCCAUGCUCAUCCUAUCAACCCAGUCCAGCAUCCUCCUCAUUCCCGAGCCCUGUUCCUUCCUACCAUGCCAGUCCCACUUCCUCCUCCUUCCCGAGCCCAUCGAGAAUGGAUGCCAACCCAUCUUCCUACAUUCUGCCCUUCCUCCGCAACCUGGCUGCCAUUCCCUCAUCUCUCCCCCCACUCCGAAUCUCUAACAGUGCUCCUGUCACUCCUCCUCUGUCUUCUCCAACUUCAAGAGCUCCUAAACUGAACCCUGACUGGGAAUCUCUUUCCAACGGCUCCUUGGGCUCUUUCCGUCGCCCAUUUUUUGCUGCCUCUGCUCCUGCAAGCCCUACUCGCCGUCACCAUCAGCCACCUGCCACCAUACCCGAGUGUGAUGAGUCUGAUGCCUCCACAGUUGAUUCUGGUCGAUGGGUCAGUUUUCAAACAGUUGGUCCUGUCGCUUCUCCAUCUUCGCCUACAUUUAACCUUGUGAAGUCUGUGACCGAGCAAAACUCUAGCAAGGAUGCUGUUGUAGGUCCCGGAGGGAUGAGCUGGGGAGCAGCAGACAGGGGACGGGCAGCAGAGUUUGAGUUCGAAAGUGAAAGGGUGAAACCUUGGGAGGGAGAGAGGAUUCACGAAAUAGGAGUGGAUGAUCUAGAACUCACGCUUGGGAGUGGAAAAACUCGGAGUUAAGCAACUCAGUGGGGGAUACUGAAGAUGUUAAAAAGGAAAAGAAGAGCUUGUUCCCAUUGGUAGCCAUUUUCACCACCCAAUGCAAUUGGAUGUUGGUUUCAUUCGGCCAGGUGUUGGCAAGCGGCGUGGUGGUUUUUAUGCUUUGGUGCCCAAAUGCAUCUUGUUCUCACUCACUGUGUUCUGGGCCAAAUCACAAUGCCAGCGCCAGAACCCAGAUUCAUGGCCUAUUGGAGGAUAAUCAACAGUCCUGGUUACCGAGCAGAUGGACUCCAUCUCUGUGUCAGGUCGAUGUUUCAGGGAAGUGCUGACGGCUUUCUCAAUGGCAAGGAACAAGGGGAGUGAGGUGGGAUGCUAGAGCUUCAUUUUCUUCUAUUCUUCAUAGGUUUCUUGUGUUCUUCUCUUCCUUUGAACUAGAAGUGAUCAGACGAUCCAACUAGGUUGAAAGCUUAAAUGUAGAAAUGAACUAUUUUACUUCAAAAAGUUAUAGAGUUGCUACUUCUUUUGUUUCUA